AAAAUAAAAAAAAAAAGAUUUUAUUAAGUUGCAUAAAAACUUAAGAGAUUUUUAUUGCGAACAAAAUGAGUACAAAGAAAUUUAAUAUUGUAGUUCUUGAAAAAGGCGAUCAUAUUAACACGAUUACUAUAAACAAAUUAGAAAAUCCAAUUUUAGUAAAAAAAGAAAAUAAAAAUUUUAGAUCAAAUAUUGCUGUCAAACGUGCGAACAGGCUACAAAAUUAUAAAAUAAGAGCAUUCAUGUUAGCAAUAAUAAUUUUAGUCAAUUGUAUUAAUUUAAUGGAUGCAAAUCCAGUUCCAGUUAUGAGAAAAUCAUGCGGUCGUAAUUUAUCACAAAGAAUUUAUACAAUUUGUUUAAGUUAUGGCGGUAUUUGCAGUUUUCCAACACGCGUCAUUACCAGAAAUCAUCCUAAUCAUCGAGCUAAGAGAAGAGUUGUAGAUGAAUGUUGCCGAAAAGCAUGUCAUGAUGAUUUUAUUCAAAUAUAUUGCUGUGAUGCCAAACAAUACCGUGUGAUUGUUGAUUAUUAAAUUAAAUUAAAAAUAUAAUUUUUAAUUUUAUAAAAUAUUUAGAAAUUUAAUGAAAAUUCAUCAGCUAUAUACAUCAAUUAGUUUUAAG